AUGGGCUCCUGCUGGGUGAGGUGUCCGGUGGAGGCGGCGAAGAAUUUGGUAGCCACCCCACACAUCACAGUGGGGUGGUCCAAAUGCAGAAUCGUGCUGUUCCCCAGUCGUGGCCUCCAGUGCUACCGCUGCCUGGAGGCCGGCCACGUGCAGCAGAGAUGCACCGGCACCGUGGACAGGAGCCGGUGCUGCUACCGGUGCGGGGGCAUGGGGCACUUGGCCAAAGAUUGUCAGGCCAGGGCCGAGUGCCCCGCCUGCCGGACCCUCGGGCGCCCGGCGGGCCACCGCAUCGGGGGCCAGGGGUGCACGGCUGCGCGUGGUGCCAAGGGGAGGAAGGGGGGGCCAAAGCCCAGUGGCCCCCCUCCCCCUGGGGAGCGGCCGCCCGCGUCGGCGGCGGCGGCGGCGAGAGCGCCGGACGCCGUCGCCGACGUUGAGAUGGCCGUGACGCCGGAGACCCCGUCUCCGGCGCCCGGCCAAGCAGUAGCGGCGUCCACCGUGGACGCCGCGACGGGCGGGGACGAUGUGAACGAGUAA